CAACUGAUGUACAUAUAGAUUUAAUUGCAGUUAAAUUAUUCGCGAAUGCUAUGGGAUAUGGAAACGGUUCAGCCGAGUGGACAUCUGUCCGGAUUUGUGGACAAAGCUCUGAAGCUACUAGAUCUACGGCAAGUAAUGAUGGAGGUUGAAACAUCUGUAAUGUCCAAGGUUUCUUGCACUGCUUGCAAAAUCGGCGCUGGUUUACUGCAGCAUUACAUAAAAAACGGCAAGAGCGACGAGGAGAUUAUGGCGAGCAUUUAUCAAUUUUGUGUGUCGCUUAACAUACAAAGCGCCCGAGUUUGCCACGGAGUCACUUUACUCUUUGGGGGAGAGGUGAUUUAUGUGCUGAAGCAAGUGAACAUGGGUCCGGCGCAGAUCUGCAGUUUCGUGAUCGGCGAUGCGUGCGAUGAUGCAUACAACCCGUUGCACGAGUGGGAGGUGGCCUUCCCACCGGUCAAGAAGCCCCCGAUCAAGCCGCCAAUUCCGCCGCAGGAAGGCGCGCCGACAUUCAAGGUCUUACAUAUUUCCGACACGCAUUACGAUCCAUACUAUCAAGAGGGUGCGAACGCCGAAUGCAACGAGCCUCUCUGCUGUCGGCUGACGAACGGCGCUCCGUUGACCGCUUCAGCCGCCGCCGGACGAUGGGGCGAUUACAGAAAGUGCGACACGCCCAAGAGAACGAUCGACCAUAUGCUCAAGCACAUCGCCGACACACAUUCGGAUAUCGAUUAUAUUUUGUGGACGGGCGAUUUGCCACCCCAUGACGUAUGGAAUCAAACACGAGAAGAAAAUCUAAAAGUUUUGCGUGACACGGUCACGCAAAUGGUGGAGAUGUUUCCUGGCAUACCGAUAUUUCCGGCUCUAGGAAACCACGAGAGCGCACCGGUCAACAGUUUUCCUCCACCCUUUGUGCCUCAAGAAAAUAGUAUUUCAUGGUUGUACGAUGAACUCGAUAAGCACUGGCGACGUUGGCUGCCAGCUGGUGUGUCUCAUACCGUCCGUCGCGGCGCCUUCUAUUCAGUCCUAGUUCGACCAGGUUUUAGGAUUUUGUCUGUAAAUAUGAAUUAUUGCAACAAUAAGAACUGGUGGCUGUUAAUCAACAGUACGGAUCCGGUCAGCGAGCUGCAGUGGCUCGUAUACGAGCUACAAGGUGCCGAGAUCAAUGGUGAGAAAGUACACAUUAUUGGCCACAUCCCACCCGGACAUUCAGAUUGUUUAAAGGUGUGGUCAAGGAAUUAUUAUCAUAUAAUCAAUCGCUAUGAAUCAACGAUCACAGCACAAUUCUUCGGGCACACACAUUAUGACGAGUUCCAGAUAUUCUAUGAUACAUCAGACCUUGGUAGAGCACUCAGCAUCGCCUACGUCGGUCCCUCGGUCUCGCCAUACUAUGAUCUCAAUCCCGGUUACAGGAUAUAUUACGUCGAUGGAGAUCAUUCCAAGACUACAAGAAUGGUCGUCGAUCAUGAAAGCUGGGUCAUGAAUCUAAAGGAGGCGAAUCUUUAUGAUUACCCGAUCUGGCAUAAGAUGUAUAGCGCACGGCAAGCCUACCAAAUGCCGUCGCUUUUGCCAAAGGACUGGGAUGCGCUGAUCGACAAGAUGACUAACGAGCCAGCUCUAUUUGAUCUUUAUUAUAAACAUUACUACAAGAACUCUCCGGUGCGACCGGCUUGCAACGAUGAGUGUCGUAAGAGAUUACUCUGUGAUUUGCGCAGCGGAAGAAGUCAUGAUCGAAAAGCGUUAUGCCAGAGUCUGGAGGCGAGGAUUGACGACGAGACAAGAACAGGCUGGCGUGCUUGGAUCUACAAAGGACUCGCAUUAUCGAUGUCUGUGGUUAUGGCCAUCCCCAGGUUUGCAUACAAUUUACCAAAGUAUGUCCUAGGAUUGGGUUAGAACGAUGGAAUGAACGCCAAGUGCAAAUUUUUGAAUAAAUUUGUGAUGUUAAAUUAUUAAAAAUACUCACGCUAUCGUCGUAGCGUUCAAAACGCGAAUUUCGACGCUAUUGACGAUCGACGAUUACCUUCGUCGAAAUUAAAUAUUAUGUUCCAUUUGCAAUUAUUUUGCAAAAUCUCACACAUUUAUUAAUUU